AUUGAACAGUCCAAAGGAGAGAAGAAAAAAAAAGAUGACGCGUGCCAUUCGUUGCCAUAGUGACCGUUUGUUUUGUUGCACUUUUAAUGGCGCAGGAGGCAGAAGACUCUCAGAACGUCAGAAGUAACCAGCUAACUACAUUUGGGAGUAUACAACUGCACAGAGGAAGUACUCUUUCCAAUCCUAUCAGUGACAGACCACCACUGGAGAACAAUGUCUGUCCCAGAUCGCAUUCCCCGCAAAGGUGGUGGACCCAAUCUAGCUGGCAUUGAGGUAAUGCGGAACCACUCUGAACUCUUCAGAGCAGAAUGCUUGAGGCUGAUUUCUGAGACCAACAAAGCAUGCAAACGCAUGCAAAAUCAGGAUAGCAAUCAGCUAGGUCAGCGGGUAAAAGACAUCCAGUUUCUGAGGAAGGAGUUGGAGCUGAAGUUGGAGGAGGUUAUUGUGGAGAUUGAUGACCUCAUUGCAUUGAAGAGCAGAGUGGUGAAAGCCCUUGAAGCCAGCAAAGAGGUGCUGAGAGUCACCGUUGUCUGUCUGGAGGAGAGAAUGAAACGUCCCCAGUCUGAGAGGCUGCAUGAUGAGGUGGACACAGAGCUGCUGAAGGAGAGAGAGCUUAUUGAGGGAGUGGCUUCCGUCCUGCAGCGUGUCAUAGAGCAGAUCAUUGAACAAAUUCGAUUAAACCGAUCCGGCAAGUAUCACCUGGAGCAUGAUCUGAAGGAGAAAUUUGAGGCCCAGUGCAUCGACAACUCCUGUGCCUUAAUGACCAUUUGUUCUAUUGACAACCUGCAGAAGUCCAAAAACAUCAAUGCUGCUAUGCCGAGCCUGUCAGUGACUCCAAAGCAGUGGGAGAACAUCUCAGACAUUCACAUGGCCAAAGUGGAGCAGCAGAAGACCAACUCUCUGUCCCUACGGGCCCUGGUGGAGUCUCUCCUCGAGCAGACGGCUGCUGACAUGCAGAAGCAGCUCCAGGCCACAACAGAAGCCUUUCAGCAUAAUGUCCAGGAGAUCAAGUCUGCCAAGAGCCAGAUGGAGGAUCAGCUGACCACGAUUACAUCUGAGAUAGCUGGCCAACAGAGAAUCAGAGAGGAUCUCCAAGUGGCUACCACAGAGAACGAGCACUGUCUGAGUUUGGCACAGGCCCGACUGGAUGUGCGUCGCCACAGACCUGCCAAAGAGCAGUGCCACGAUCCAGCACAGUCCCAGCUCCUCGUUGAGGUCCAGCAGCUCACAGCUCAAAUCAGCAAACUGCGUGAGGCAGUGGCACAGUCAGAGAUGGAGCAGAGGGCUCUGGUUCGCUGCCAGCUGGAGCUUCAGGAAAACAUCGAGGUCAAGGCCAGCGCUCUCUACAUUGAUGAGGUCAUCUGUUCCCAGCACAGGGAGACCACUAUCAUACAUAACUUCUGAGCCGUCAUCAACAAUAAAGAUCUACUUUUACAUAGUAUGUCUUUUAAAAUACCGUUCUGUAAAAUGGAUUACAAAAUAUAUGUAUGAGUCUAGUUUCACUUUCAUAUGGUCUUAGCAUGGUUUCCUUUGUUUUUCCUCUUUUUGUUUUCUGAUCAUUGAUCUGUAAUGGUAAUGGUAACUGGCUUCAUGCCAUUUUGUUUUUUUGUGUCUGAUCUCAUUUUAAAAUAACUGUAACACAUUUUGAUUAAAGAAUGAGGUGUGGCAGA